UCCAGACAGAGUGACACAGGGAGGCCAUUGCAAAACUGCCAAGACUCUUUGCCAAGAGUUGCUGCUCUUACUAGUUAAAAAAACGCCGGCGAGAAACACUCUUCUUCUCAGGCAAUGAAUAAUGUGCUGGCGUCCUUAUUUAUAGAGAUAACACAAGGAAUAGGGAAGUAGACUACAAGCGCUUUCUCGUUAUCUGUAGCAGUGAUAGUACCAGACCUCUUCCUUCAUGCUUCUUCAACAACUUUGCCAACAUCUUCAACCAUGACUAUAGUAAUUAUCAGCCAUGACCUCCCUCACCCCCAACUCCCUCGCCGCCUUGGUCGAGUCGGCGCUUUCUACUCGCUCCUCUUUUCUCGGCCGCGCCGUCCAUGCCCAGAUCAUCAAGACCCUCAACAACCCUCUCCCUUCCUUCCUCUCCAACCACCUCGUCAACAUGUAUUCCAAACUCGACCUCUCCAGCUCUGCCCAACUCGUCCUCUCUCUCACCCCGUCCCGCUCUGUUGUCACCUGGACCGCCCUUAUUGCGGGGUCCGUCCAAAACGGUCGUUUUGCCUCUGCUCUUCUCCAGUUCUCUAACAUGCUCCGUGAGCGUAUUCAGCCCAAUGACUUCACCUUCCCUUGCGCGUUCAAGGCCUCGGCUUCGCUUCGCAUGCCCGCUAUUGGAAAACAGGUUCAUGCGCUUGCGGUUAAGGACGGCCAGAUACGUGAUGUCUUCGUCGGGUGCAGUGCUUUUGAUAUGUACAGUAAAACGGGGCUACGAGAUGAGGCUCGGAUUCUGUUCGAUGAAAUGCCGGAGAAAAACAUUGUGACGUGGAAUGCAUAUAUGUCCAAUGCGGUGCUCGAUGGGCAGCCGAGAAAUGCAGUUAACGCGUUUAUUGAAUUUCUACGUGUGGAUGGGAAGCCAGAUUCGAUAACGUUCUGUGCGUUUCUAAAUGCGUGUUCUGAUGCUUUGUAUUUGGAGCCUGGGAGACAAUUGCAUGGGUUUAUAAUUCGAAGUGGGUUUUUGGCAGAUGUGUCUGCCUCGAACGGGCUUAUUGAUUUCUAUGGAAAGUGUAGGGAUGUUGGAUCAUCUGAGAUGGUGUUUGAUAGAAUGUGUCAACGGAACGAUGUUACCUGGUGCUCCAUGAUGACUGCACACUUACAAAAUUAUGAGGAGGAGAAGGCUUGUAUGGUCUUCUUGCAAGCUAGGGAAGAAGGCGUUGAGCCGACAGAUUAUAUGAUUUCCAGUGUUCUAAGUGCUUGUGCUGGGCUUUCAGGGCUCGAAUUAGGUAGGUCAGUUCAUGCUCUAGCUGUAAAGGCGUGCGUUGAGGGCAAUGUCUUUGUUGGGAGUGCAAUAGUUGACAUGUAUGGGAAGUGUGGAAGUAUAUAUGAUGCGGAGCAAGCCUUUUAUGAGAUGCCGGAGAGGAACUUAAUCACUUGGAAUGCAAUGAUAGGUGGAUAUGCACACCAAGGGCACGCUGACAUGGCUUUGGCUUUUUUACAGGACAUGACAUCUGGUAGCAAUGACGUGGUGCCGAAUUAUGUGACUUUGGUUUGUGUAUUAUCGGCUUGUAGUAGGGCAGGGGCAGUAGAAAUGGGCCUGGAGAUUUUUGAGUCAAUGAGAGCAAGAUUUGGGAUUGAACCGGGGGUAGAGCAUUAUGCAUGUAUAGUCGACUUGCUGGGGAGAUCUGGGAUGGUAGAGCGUGCCUAUGAAUUUAUAAAGAAAAUGCCGAUUCCUCCAACGAUAGCAAUUUGGGGGGCUCUGUUAGGGGCUUGUAGGAUGUAUGGAAAGCCAGAACUGGGGAAGAUUGCUGCUGAUAACUUAUUUGAACUUGAUCCAAAAGACUCCGGCAACCACGUGGUGCUUUCUAACCUGUUUGCAGCUGCUGGCAUGUGGGAAGAAGCCACUCUUGUGAGAAAGGAGAUGAAGAAUGUCGGUAUUAAAAAGGGCGUAGGCUGCAGUUGGAUCUCUGUGAAGAAUGCAGUCCAUGUAUUCCAAGCAAAGGAUACUUCCCAUGAAAGGAACUCAGAGAUUCAGGCAAUGCUAUACAAGCUAAGGAAGGAGAUGAAGGAAGCAGGAUAUGUGCCUGAUACCCAUUUUGCUCUCUAUGAUUUAGAGGAAGAAGAGAAAAUAUCAGAAGUAUGGUACCACAGCGAGAAGAUUGCCCUAGCCUAUGGCCUCAUUACCAUCCCUCCUGGAGUACCUAUAAGAAUCACAAAAAAUCUUAGGAUUUGUGGAGACUGCCAUGGUGCCAUCAAGUUCAUCUCAGGCAUUGUUGGUAGAGAAAUUACAGUAAGAGAUAACAAUCGGUUUCAUCGCUUUAGGGAUGGUCAGUGCUCUUGUAGAGAUUAUUGGUGAUAACUCAAAAAAAAUUUUCAACACUUUCUCAUGGCACAGAGCUUUCUGACAAAAAAAUUAUAGAUCGUAAAUGUUUUUUAUAAAACAUACAAGUGCAGUUGAU